AUGCAGGGUGUCUCCACCGUCCUCGACACGCGGCGAGGAGAGCGGCUGCCGCCGAGCGCGGCGUCGGUGCAGCUGGGCAGGUACUGCGCCGCGUUCGGUUGGGUGCUCAAGGCGAGGCUGCGCGAGGGCGACGAGGUGGCGGACGUACUGGGCGCGGUGCUGCCCGCCGCAGAGGCGGAUUGGCUUGCCUCGCGGCGCAACGUUCCCGUCGAGCUCAUCGGCUGCAUGCGGCGCACCGUGUAUGCCGAGUACGAGCGUGGCCGCGUGCCGGCGCAUGUGCACUACAAGCUCGAGGACGACCUGCGCCAGCUCGACCUCGUCGUCGGCGGCUGCGAGCGCCUCCUCGCGCGCCCAUCCCCGCUCGCAGCUUUCCUCUCCUUGAAUCGCGGCUUAUCGCGCGCUAGGCGAGCUUCUACGCGCGCCCCGUUCGCAGCUUUCUCUUUUUGGAGUCGCACCCUCUCGGCUCCUUUAGGCGAGCGCCUGUUUGCGAGCCCGAUCCCGCCGACCAUGUCUCGGCACGUCGUCCGCUCACUGGCGCUCUGGCUGCUCACGCUGCCGGUGGUGCUGGUGGGGCAGCUCUCGCCGCCGUUGGUCCUCUUUUACGUCGCCGCCACGUCGUACAUCUACGUCGGCAUCGAGGAGCUCGGCGUGCAGGUCGAGCAGCCGUUCGACAUCCUGCCGAUGUUCCAGAUGGCGCACGUCAUCGCCAGCUCCGCCGAGGACGCGCUCGUGGCGCAGGCAGAGUGA